GGCGAAGCGCAGCGCCGAGCUCCUCGGCCAGCGGCCCCCUCACUCCCUCCCAGGCCGGGCCGCCCCCUGCGCGGCCCCCGCGGCUCCUGGCACGGCCCCGCGCACCGCUGCCGCCCUGGCGCGCUCCACUCUGUCGUCCCCGGACGGGCGCGGACCAGCUCGACCGGGGCGUCGGCGGCUGGGCAGAGGUCGCUGGCCCCGGGGUCGCGCCGGUGCGGCCACCAACCUGGGGCUGUCCGUGGAGGGCGAGUGCUGGUUCCGGGGCGAGGCGACGCCCUUCGGGGCCAACGGGCCGCAUGCAGAUGUGGCCCUGGGAACGACUCACCCGUUUUCCAGCUCUGGGGCGGGGCUGGGGUCGGGGUCGGCGCCCACGAGGGCCCAACCUCCGUCUCCUGGCCUACCCCCGUCGUGGGCCGCGAUGAUGGCGGCCCUGUACCCGAGCACGGACCUCUCGGGAGUCUCCUCCUCCUCCCUGCCUUCCUCCCCAUCCUCCUCGUCGCCCAACGAAGUGAUGGCGCUGAAGGAUGUGCGGGAGGUGAAGGAGGAGAACACCUUGAAUGAGAAGCUUUUCUUGCUGGCGUGCGACAAGGAAGUAGCGCAGGCUGCGUGCACACUUGAAGGACAAGUUAAUGGCAUUGUGUCCUCUCCCUUUGGGUCACUCAUGGUGAACACAGCACAGAGCUCUGGACAAGUUAAUGGCAUUGUGUCCUCUUCCUUUGGGUCACUCAUGGUGAACACAGCACAGAGCUCUGGACAAGUUAAUGGCAUUGUGUCCUCUUCCUUUGGGUCACUCAUGGUGAACACAGCACAGAGCUCUGGACAAGUUAAUGGCAUUGUGUCCUCUUCCUUUGGGUCACUCAUGGUGAACACAGCACAGAGCUCUGGACAAGUUAAUGGCAUUGUGUCCUCUCCCUUUGGGUCACUCAUGGUGAACACAGCACAGAGCUCUGGCUCCUCUGCUGCAGCUUCCGCAGAUGCACUUUUGGUGGCCAUCGACUCUGAAGUAGUGGGAGCUGUCGAUAUACUACUUAAUCAUCGACCAAAACGAUCACCAAGACCAACUAUAGUAAAACUUAUGGAACGAAUUCAGAAUCCUGAAUAUUCAACAACGAUGGAUGUUGCCCCUGUCAUUUUAGCUGCUCAUCGUAACAACUAUGAAAUCCUUACCAUGCUUUUAAAACAGGACGUGUCUUUGCCCAAGCCCCAUGCAGUUGGCUGUGAAUGCACUCUGUGUUCUGCAAAAAACAAAAAGGACAGCCUCAGACAUUCCAGGUUUCGUCUUGAUAUCUAUAGAUGUCUAGCCAGCCCAGCUCUAAUAAUGUUAACAGAGGAGGAUCCAAUCCUGAGAGCAUUUGAACUUAGUGCUGACUUAAAAGAACUCAGCCUUGUGGAGGUGGAAUUCAGGAAUGAUUAUGAAGAGCUAGCCCGUCAGUGCAAAAUGUUUGCUAAAGAUUUGCUUGCACAAGCCCGGAAUUCACGUGAACUGGAAGUUAUACUAAACCAUACAUCUAGUGAUGAGCCUCUUGACAAACGGGGACUACUAGAAGAAAGAAUGAAUUUAAGUCGUCUAAAACUUGCUAUCAAAUAUAACCAAAAGGAGUUUGUCUCCCAGUCAAAUUGCCAGCAGUUCCUGAACACCGUUUGGUUUGGACAGAUGUCAGGUUACCGCCGUAAGCCCACCUGUAAGAAGAUAAUGACUGUUUUGACAGUUGGCAUCUUCUGGCCAGUUUUGUCUCUAUGUUAUUUGAUAGCUCCCAAAUCUCAAUUUGGCAGAAUCAUUCACACACCUUUUAUGAAAUUUAUUAUUCAUGGAGCAUCAUAUUUCACAUUCUUGCUGUUACUAAAUCUGUACUCACUAGUCUACAAUGAAGACAAGAAAAAUACAAUGGGGCCAGCCCUUGAGAGAAUAGACUACCUUCUCAUACUGUGGAUUAUUGGGAUGAUCUGGUCGGACAUUAAGAGACUCUGGUAUGAAGGGCUGGAAGACUUUUUAGAAGAGUCGCGUAAUCAGCUCAGCUUUGUCAUGAAUUCCCUCUACUUGGCAACCUUUGCCCUCAAAGUGGUGGCUCACAACAAGUUUCAUGACUUUGCUGACCGGAAGGACUGGGAUGCAUUCCACCCUACACUUGUAGCAGAAGGGCUUUUUGCAUUUGCAAACGUUUUGAGUUACCUUCGGCUCUUUUUUAUGUAUACAACCAGCUCGAUUUUGGGUCCACUGCAGAUUUCAAUGGGACAGAUGUUACAAGAUUUUGGGAAAUUUCUGGGGAUGUUCCUUCUUGUUCUGUUUUCCUUCACGAUUGGACUGACACAACUCUAUGACAAGGGGUACACUCCCAAAGAGCAGAAGGACUGUGUCGGCAUCUUCUGUGAACAACAAAGCAACGACACCUUUCACUCGUUCAUUGGCACCUGCUUUGCUUUGUUCUGGUACAUUUUCUCCUUAGCACAUGUGGCCAUCUUUGUCACAAGGUUUAGCUAUGGAGAAGAACUGCAGUCUUUUGUUGGAGCUGUGAUUGUUGGAACUUACAAUGUCGUGGUUGUGAUCGUGCUUACGAAGCUGCUGGUAGCCAUGCUUCAUAAGAGCUUUCAGUUGAUAGCAAAUCAUGAGGAUAAAGAAUGGAAGUUUGCUCGAGCAAAGCUAUGGCUUAGCUACUUUGAUGACAAAUGUACACUGCCCCCACCUUUCAACAUUAUUCCUUCACCAAAGACUAUCUGCUAUAUGAUCAGUAGCCUUAGUAAGUGGGUUUGCUCUCACACAUCGAAAGGCAAGGUCAAGCGGCAAAACAGUUUAAAGGAGUGGAGAAACUUGAAGCAAAAGAGAGAUGAGAACUACCAGAAAGUGAUGUGCUGCCUAGUGCAUCGUUACCUGACAUCUAUGCGACAGAAGAUGCAGAGCACAGACCAGGCCACUGUGGAGAAUCUCAAUGAACUGCGCCAAGAUCUGUCAAAAUUCCGAAAUGAAAUAAGGGAUUUGCUUGGCUUUCGGACUUCUAAAUAUGCUAUGUUUUAUCCAAGAAAUUAAUCAUUUUCUAAUAACAAAUCUGAAAGACUGUAUUUGCAUACCUUACAACUAAACUAAUAAGAUAUAUAUGGACCUAAACAAUUACACAAAAGCCAUUCUUUAAAUAUUUAUAGCAUAAAUAUAUGUCAUGUAAAAUAUGUAUAUAGAGUUAGUUUUUUAAAACCUGUCUAUGGCUUUUUGUAGAAGCAAAACACAAUAAGUAAAUGGUUUUGUUAGCAUGCUAUUGGAUUUUCUUAGUUUGUCAGUGCUUAAAAUUUGUAAUGUUUGAGGGGCAGCUAUCAGUGUACACAUUGCCCACUCCCUUUUAUAAAAUGAAUAUCAGCAAAUGCAGCUACCUUAAGAGACACUUGAAAUGUAGAGUUCACAAUGUUUAAAAUCUCCUGCUUUAGGAGUUCACACAGAGUUCAGUAUUUAUUGUUUAAGAGUAUAGUUUUGUCUAAAAUACCACAUUUUUUCUUUCACUAUAAUCUUAAGCAACAAAGAAAAGUCUCUAAUGAAUAUCUGAAUUUAAGUCAGGCAUGGUGGCACACACCUUUAAUCCCAGCACUCAGGAGGCAGAAGCAGGCAGAUCUUGGAGUUCAAGGCCAGCUUGGUCUACAGAGUAAGUUCCAGGACAACUGGGGCUAUACAGAAAAAUCCUGUCUCAAAAAACAAACAAAAAAUUAAUUUAUUUAGUUCAAUCAAUCUAAAUUCACUUUGUUUUUAUUGUUUUGUUGUAUUUUACUUUUACAUGGUUACAAUAAUUUUAUAUUUUUAAUUUUGUUUCUUGGCUUAGUAUUUUAUACAUAGUUCUCUGUAUUGAGAUAGUUCAUAUAUUUAAAUAUUUAUAGAAUUCUGUGAUUUUUGAAAAAGAGUAGACAUCUUUUAGCCAUAGAAUAUUUGUUCAUAUUUAUGCAUUUGCAAAGUUACUUCUCUAGGCAUUUGGUUAGUUUUAACUUUUCCUUCAAACUUUUCAGGCUUGAGUAAGUUACAAAGUAUAAGCUGCUUGUCUUAAUGUGUGGUCACAAUGGGCAGGACUGGAGAGCAUCUGGGCCUUGAAAAAACCUGCUUCAAGUUCAGAUGAAGGUUCUUGAGCUCUCUUCCGAAGUGUUGACCACAGAUUUAACACAGCUUUUAGAAAAGUGACUUCAUGCUUGCUGUUUGAGCUGUAAAGUAUUGUUUUUUCAAUUUGAAAAUAAAAAGUGUAUCUGACCUCUUUUCGGUGUUCAUAUGAGGGUGUGGCUGAAGGGUCUCCCCAGCUGUUGCACAGACACUCCUGCAGCAUGGCCGGUGAGGAAUGCGCCUUUGUUUUCUUAGCUGAGUGUCAGCUGGUGUUGAGGGUGCACAGGGUGCAUGUAGUCCUUGGCCUACCCAGGGGGCGUCUGAGUAAUCUAGUGUUCGGUUUCAUGUUGCUUUACAUGUUUUUAAUGUUCAAAUUUAAGUGUUCCCUCUUUGGGGCAAAUUCUUAUAAAAAUGUUUAUUGUAAAAUUAUAUAUUUUGUCUACAAUGGAAUUAUGCACUUCCCUAUUGGGAUUUUAUAUCAGGAUUUUUAGUCAUUCUAAAAAAUACCUAAUUAUUAAAAAAAUUUAUAGAGUGCCUACUGUGUGCAUGAAUUACUGAUGAGGUAUAUUUUGAAUGACAGCAUAUUGUAAGAAAAAAGGUGAAUAAAAUUUGACAUUAGAUUA